CCUCGCUCAUAACUCCCCAUUCCUCGCCUCCUCGCGGUGCAAUCAGAGAAUUGAGAUGUCCUUCAAGAUGGCUGAGUUCGAUCGGUUUCUGGGUCACGGGCUGGAGGACAGAGGAGUGAGGAAAUGAGGAAGCAUCAAUUUGAGUACUGAGAAGCACCCACGGACACCCAAAGCAGGAACUGAACUCCCGCCCCUCUUCUGAGAACAGAGUUCUUUUAAAGCAGCCUUAUGAGUUCACACUCUCACAGAAACAAUCACUUUCCCUUCAGACACCUGACUGUGCUUACAAGCAGGAGUUGAAGGAUGCAGCUGGUCAUUUAUUUCCUGAUGAUAUUAACAUACACACAUGCAGAUUAUCCUGCACUGAAAACUCUUCUGUCAGAGAAGGGUCUCGGAGGCGUGUCUCAGAUGAUGUCUGUCCAGAUACAAAGCAAACUGAAGAGUACUGCAAUCCCAGAGGUCCGGGGUGGGGUGGACAUCAAGAUCGGCACUGUGAAAUAUGUCUUAUCAAACAUGCAUGUUAGGCAGUGCAGCAUGCCAGACCCAUCACUGGUGUUUGUACAGGGAACAGGUGUAUCUGUGAAAGUCAGUCGACUCACAGUAGGCGUCACAGGCAGCUGGGCAACACAGUUUGGCGUCAUCCAUGAUCACGGCUCAUUUGAUGUGGCUGUGCACAAUAUCAAAAUCGACACCCUCCUGCAGUUAGGAGAUGAUGCUGGCCAUCUCUCCAUCACCACCGUUUCCUGUAGUGCUGACGUAGGAAGUGUGGACAUUCAGUUCCAUGGAGGUGCUAGCUUUUUUUUCAAGCCAUUUGUAAGUUCUUUCAGGAGAAGAAUAUCAGGCAUGAUACGUAAGCAGAUUUGCCCAGCAAUUCAAAAAGCAAUCAAUGAAUUGGAGAGAAAUCUACAGGAAACACCUGUUAAGGUACCUGUGGGUCAGUAUAUAUAUCUGAGCAUCCCUCUCACAUCCUCCCCGGCUGUGACAGACCAAAGCUUUGAAUUAGAUAUUAAGGGUGAGUUUUACAGCAGCAGUUCUCCAUCUGAACCACCUUUCUCUGCAAACAUGUUUGACGUGCAGUAUGCAGAAAACUCCAUGCUUUCACUGGCUGCCUCCGAGUUUUUUGUAAAUUCGGCUGCUUAUGCAUUCCUCAGGUCUGGGGUUCUCCAAAUCAACAUCAGAGAUGACAUGAUACCAAAGAGUUCUCCAAUCCAUCUGAACACCAGCCAGUUUGGAGCCUUCAUUCCACAGCUACGCACAUUAUAUCCCAACAUGGAGAUGCAGGUGCUGUUAUACGCCAGUGAGACGCCACUAUUCUCCUUCAGUUCAGGAGUGAUAGAUGUUCAUGUACCGGCUGCAGCAAAGUUCUCCGCCGUUAAACCUGAUGGUACACUGGUGCCUCUCUUUAUUCUGGAUGUGUACUGUAACUUCAGUGGAAGUGCUUUGAUUGCCAAUAAAAACCUGACUGGAGCUUUCGAAAUGAAAAAUUUAACGCUGACUCUCGGAUCAUCUGAGAUUGGUGAUUUCAAGACUGACUCAUUCCAGCAAAUGUUAGUGAUGGCAGUGAAGAUGUUUGUAAUUCCAAAACUAAAUGCGGCCCUGAAGAUUGGCUUUCUCUUACCCACACUGCAGGGCUUCAGUUUGAUCAAUUCUCAAUUGCUUACAAAAAAUGGCUUUGUGGUCAUUUUUACUGAUGUCCAGGACUCCCUGACAGGCCUCUGAGAUCCAAACAUGAACUGCACAAAAUAACAAAUAACUGCUGAAUUGUUUUCAGGGUAACACUUUACAAUAAGGUUCAUUAGUUAACAUUAGAUAAGUACAUUGGUUAACAUGAACUAAUAAUGAACUGCACUUCUACUUCUGCAUUUAUUAAUCUUUGUUAAUGUUAAUUUUAACAUUUACUAAUACAUUAUUAAAAUCUUGUUAACAUUAGUUAAUGCACUGUGAACUAACAUGAACAAACAAUGAACAACUGUAUUUUCAUUAACUAACAUUAACAAAGAUUAGUAAAUACAGUAACAAAUGUAUUGCUCAUGGUUAGUUCAUGUUAGUUAAUACAUUAACUAAUGUUUAACUAAUGAACCUUAUUGUAAAGUGUUACUGUUUUCAGGGUUAAAAUUAUAUAAUCAUUACUUGAAAUGUUCAUAUGUACAAGUUGACCAAAUUUGACCAUAUUAUUUUUCCACAUACUAUUAUGUAACAUUUUUGCUGCUGAGCCAUAAAAAUUACUCUACAGUGCAAAAAAAAAAAAAAAAAACUCUUCUCCACAUAACUUUACUUCAUUGGAGUCCAUUUGCAUAAACAGUCUGGCUUGCAUGGAAGGCUGGCAUUAUGUCUGUCAGCUAUGAGCUAGAGUGUGUGUGAAUGCUAAUUAAAAAAUGUAUAAUCAUUAUCAA